AUGGAACCUCCAUUUUUUUGCAAUAAUUUCAACCGUGGACAAUUCUUUGCACUCUCACUUGUGUUUAUGUUCAGUGCACUUCUCGCUCUACGUCUUGAUAAGUUUAUUUUUUGGCCUUAUUGGGUGGUUUUCUUUCCACUUUGGCUCUGGCAGUCCGUCAUGUUUGGUGGUUUUCUUUUCGAGAUUUUCGCAUUUUGCCGAAGUCCUCGAUACUACAUUGAAACACAGUCACAAUUUAAACAGACAUUCUUUGAUGCAUUUUUUCACAUAAACCUUCUCUUCUUUGAAGUUUUGGCCUGCAAUCGGUUGGAGAAUGCCCACCACAGCUGGUUAUCUGUCUACUUGCCUUUGUUAAUUUUAAGUAUCGCUUCUCUAUUCGUCAGCUUUUGGGCAAUCAAAAAUGACAUUAAUUGUGAUCUAUAUUUCAUUGUAUCCGCAAAUGCGAUUUUCUUUCUUUUCUCUGCUCUGAGAUCGGACCGCAUUAUUAAAUGGAGCUGGAAAACUGUGUUUUUGCCUAAUUGGAUCGCUCUGGCCUUUUUCUUCCUUCUGGAUUUUGUAGAAAUUGUAGCAUUUUUAUCUCGCCUUACUUGUGUAAAUAGGUUUCCGAACUAUAGACAGCAGUCGUUUUACAUCAGUUUUGGAUAUGCAGUAUCUCUUUUAUUGAUCGCAACUUCCGGCGUUUUAUUGGCCCUCGAACUCGACAAUGACCUGCGGCUUCCUUAUGUAAUUAUUGCUUCUCCUCUUAUGUCAGCCUUAACUGUCUUCAUGAGUUUGUGCUUUUCAACACGACCUCACUUUCAGUGGCGUCGGUCCCUCCACUUUUUUUACCGCCAUGCUGUGGAAACAUGUCAUCCACUUCAGCAAUAUGGGAAUAUUUCUUACAAACUGAGCAGCCUCCACCAACCUCAGACUUUUGAUCGGUAUGUCUUAUGUAUGUUUAUUUUUAUGUUUAUUUUUGCCUUAUUUUCACUGGCAUACUUGAACGAACAUAAUGGAGUCCAACAAAUCACCUCGAGUCAGCUUUGUCACAUUUGCUCACUGCAUUUGCACGGAAUUUCUCGUUUUAACAUUGUCACUGUCGGGCCACUCCCUUUUUAUAUCAUGGAUCAUAAGCAGACUUAG